AUGUGCAGAAUUUGCAAAUUGAAAGAAGAUGUAGUGCGUAAAAAUUUUGAAAGGAACAUAAAAGCAAGAAAUGAAAUCAGAUCUAAAGGAAAUGUAGAAAGUGUGUGGAAAAACAUGAAGAAAUGCCUUGUUGAAGUAUCUGAUGAAGUAUGUGGAAGAACAAAAGAUUCUCAACAAUACAAAGAAUCAUGGUGGUGGAAUGAAAAUGUGGCUAAAGUUAUAGAAGAAAAGAGGAAAUUUUAUAGCAUGUGGAAAAAGUCUGGGAAUGAAGAAGACAGGCUCCUUAAUUGUGUGGCUAGGCGCAGGGCAAAACAAGCUGUAUAUAAAGCUCAGUCAGGUGGGUAUGCAAACAUGGAGAAGCAAUGCCCAGUGUCUUUAAGAGAGGCAAAGGGUUACGAAAAAUAG